AGUCGUCUAUCAUGUUCUGCAAUCAGUUGUCUAUGAAAAGUCAUUCCAGACCUCAGAAGAAGAACUUUCAUUUUUUAUGAAAUUCGCCGAAGUGUUUUCGUCUAUGAAUGACAUCGUGAGUAUCGUCAUUAAUGAUCCCGGCAAGGCCAUUAAAGAUACAGCUCCGAUUAUCCAGCACUUCAUCUACUUCUCGGAAAAAGUGAAGAGCUUUUUUGAACGGCAUGAUAUUUUAAUAAAGACCGCAGAUGAARGAAACCUUUAUGGGGUACACUAUCGGGCGAACGUAUCAUCUACACAUCAAUACAUUCCUUUCGCCAAGUUCCUCAUGAAUGCCGUGUCCGAAAUGUGUCAAAUACACGACAAAUAUUUAAUUGCUAGAUGGUUAUUAGAAAUAUCAUUCUGUAUUUUCGAUCAUAAUUACAAAGAUGACCAUUUGCAAUUAGCUAAUGUACUCCAUAUAUAUCAUUUGUCUGCUGAUGUAGAGGCCAAAGAGUGUUGUUUAAAAGUGUUAACCAUCAAGAAGAAAAUUUUUGGAAGUAACCAUCCAGAAAUGGUUGAUGUUUUGUCUUUAUUAGGAAUUGUAUUUCGGAGAUUGAAAGAGCUUGAUAAAGCAAAAGAGUGUUUCGAAAAAGCAUUGGAAAUCGAGAAGGACGAUCCAGCGCUAUUGAAUAAUUUUGGAUUUCUCCUCAUUGAUCUUAAGAACUAUGACAAGGCUCAAGAGUGUUUGGAGAAAGCAAUUCAAAUCAACAAAGAAAGAAAGGGUAAUAACCAUCUGUAUAUAGCUUACUGUUUAGAUGGUCUGGCAAAAAUCUCGGAAGAUAUCGGAAAACUUGACGAAGCAACAGAAUGUUACGAAAAAGCACUGGCAAUUAAAGAAAGCACUUACGGCAGCAAUCAUCCUAAGGGGGCUAGAACGUUAAGUCAUUUAGGAUCAGUGUUGGUGGAUCUCGGGAAACUUGAUGAAGCAAAAGAAUGUUACGAAAAAGCACUGGCAAUUAAAGAAAGCACUAACGGCAGCAAUCAUCCUGAGGUGGCUACAACUUUAAAUAAUUUAGGAUCAGUGUUGGUGCAUCUCGGGAAAUUUGAUGAAGCAAAAGAAUGUUACGAAAAAGCACUGGCAAUAGAAGAAAGCACUUACGGCAGCAAU